AUGCCAGAUCCCAUCCACUACUUCAACGACUGCGACUUGGAGCCAGUGAUUGGAGAGGAGAGCUCCAUCGUGAUAGCUGAAAAGUCCGAGUUUGAUUUUGAUGGAUCCUUUGCAUCAGAUGGUGGUGAGAACAAGAAACCCAUGUAUGCGGCAACGUCCUUCUAUUUGGAUGCCUCUGGCCGUUCCCGAAUGUCACUCCCCCUCAAGUUCACCUUGCCAUCCAAAGAGGCACUGGAUGACUUUUUAUCCAAUGAUUGUAUUCAUCCAAUUCCUUCCAAUGUGGGAGAAGAUACUGGUGGAGGAGGUCCCUUUGGUAACCAUGGUGAUUCCAAGACCUCGCUAGGGUUUGAGGUCACCACUGUGGCCAUGCCAGUGGUCGAUCAUCACUUGGAUAACUCUUUGCAUUCCAUUUACUCGGCUGGAUCCCAAGGCUCCGACGACGAGGAAAUGGCAGCACGUCGCAGCAGUCUCACAAAUGCCACCAACAACAACAACCCCCAAUCGAAAAAAGCCCCCCCCCCCCCCAAAAAAAAAAAAAAAAGGAAAGGGGAAAAAAAAAAAAAAAUCACGGUGCUAUCUUCUCGCAUUGAAGGCACGUCGAUUGUAUUUGAAACACAAAUUAUCGUUCGUGCCGCACAGCAUGAUACCCUCAUGAUCAAGACACGCUUACAAGUCGUGGCCAUCUUAUCCGAACAACCUCGUGAUCCUCCUUCCCAACAAUCUCGAAUGAGCUAUGAAGGAUUCCCCGAUUUUACUCUACAAACCACGCUCACAGCCUCCAAAGUCAAACAAACCAAAUUGGAUCCCUUUAUCCUCGAGGUCAUCUUGACGGAUGCCUUGGCCAUUGACGUGACUUCCGUCACAGGACCCACUACGGGACGAACAUUGGUCAGUUUGGUCAUGAGGCAUCCCAACACUCACGGAGAGCCCGUGACGGUGACGAAUAUUGCCUUGCAUCCGGGACAUUCCCGUUUGGAGCUACCGGCUCCUCCCGGAGCACCCCCGCAAGGGAUGUAUACCCCAACCCACACGGUGGCGGAUAUGAGUAAAUGUGUCCAGUGGGGAUAUGCGCCUCAGACACAGCCCAAAUUGCCCUUGACGUUGUAUCCGCAAGGAGCCUUUGCGACCAUCCUGACCAUUGAUGCCAUGGAACACAUGAGAAGUCGUACCUUCAAGAGUCCCAUCAGCGUCACGUCGGUGGUGGGACAUCCCACCAAGGCAGAAGAGGAAGGUGCCGAAACGGCGGCCAGUAUGAAUCCCACGACCAUCUCCUCGGCAGAUGCGCAAUGGACGACCGGACGAUUGGCCCAGGAACCUUCCGAUGCCUUUCGAAUUGAUAUGCAAUUGCAAAACAAGGACUUUUAUGUGGGCGAGCCAUUCACCAUCUUUUUGCGGGUCAAGAAUCUCAGUGCCGAAGCUCGUGACAUGAUGUUGCUAGUUGCCAAGGACAGUGAUAAGCAGGCCAGUUCCACGGGGACAAUGACAACCACGUCGUCGUCCUCCACAUCGGCGGUCCUGGCGCAGCCCACGACGAACAAUUUAAAUGUCAGUAGCCAUCACGCGGGAGCAGGAUCGAACCGGGAUUCCAUCCCAUACGUACAACAGCAGCAGCAGUCGCAACGUUCCAGCGUGCCCAAUACAGCCGUCGUGAGCGAAGUGAAUGGGUACACCUUUGGAGUCUGGGGAUUGAUUGCCGAUGCGGACAAUCCCGUCUUCCGACUGGACCGCGAUCAGGACUUGUUAGCGAUUGAUGCUGCCUUGUUGUUGGGUGAAAUCAAGGGACAUCAUUCUGUAGAGGCACAAUUGCGGUUCAAUCCCUUGCGGGAGGGGACGUUGGACGUGCCCAAUAUGCAACUCUUUGACAAGCGGAAUCGAAAGUGGUACUAUUGCAAUCAUAAGCUGAACAUUGUGGCUCGACAAAAACGAACGACUCAAGAGAGCAAAGAAGAUGAGAAGGAAGAAAAGGAAGACUAG